GGGUCACCCCAACCCCGCCGACCCCUCCCCACCGCAGGCAUCACCAACCCCAAGCUCCCCAAGGACGGCACCAAGCACUUCACCUUCGACUACUCGUACUGGUCCCACACCUCGGAGGAGGACCCCAACUUCGCCUCGCAGCGCCGGGUGUACCAGGACAUCGGCGAGGAGAUGCUGGCGCACGCCUUCGAGGGCUACAACGUCUGCAUCCUGGCCUACGGCCAGACCGGCGCCGGCAAGUCCUACACCAUGAUGGGGCGGCAGGAGCCGGGGCAGCGCGGCAUCAUCCCGCAGCUCUGCGAGGAUCUGUUCGCCCGCGUUGCCCGGGAGGGGUCACCUCAACUUUCGUUUUCUGUGGAGGUGAGCUACCUGGAGAUCUACUGCGAGCGCGUGCGGGACCUGCUGAACCCCAAGAGCCGCGGGGGGCUGCGGGUGCGGGAGCACCCCCUGCUCGGGCCCUACGUGCAGGACCUGUCGCGCCUCGCCGUCGCCUCCUUCGCCGACAUCGCCGACCUCAUGGACAGCGGCAACAAGGCCAGGACGGUGGCGGCCACGAACAUGAACGAGACGAGCAGCCGCUCGCACGCCGUGUUCACCAUCGUGUUCAGCCAGCGCCGCCAGGACCCGCUCAGCGACCUCACCACGGAGAAGGUGAGCCGCAUCAGCCUGGUGGACCUGGCGGGCAGCGAGCGCGCCGACGCCUCGGGGGCCAAGGGCGUGCGCCUCAAGGAAGGCGCAAACAUCAACAAGUCCCUGACCACUCUGGGCAAGGUCAUCUCUGCCCUGGCUGAGGCGACCAGCAAAAAGAAGAAGCCGGAUUUCAUCCCGUACCGGGACUCAGUGCUGACGUGGCUGCUGAAGGAGAACCUGGGUGGGAACUCGCGCACGGCCAUGAUCGCGGCGCUGAGCCCGGCCGACUGCAGCUACGAGGAGACGCUGAGCACCCUGCGCUACGCCGACCGCACGAAGCAGAUCCGGUGCCACGCCGUGAUCAACGAGGACCCGAACGCGCGGCUGAUCCGGGAGCUGCGCCAGGAGGUGACGCGGCUGCGGGAGCUGCUCAGCGCCCAGGGUGAGGGGCUGGCAGCAUCUGGGGGUCUGGGGUAUUUUUGUGCCCCCCGCCCCCAAAAGACCCCGCACUUGGUGAACCUCAACGAGGACCCGCUGAUGUCCGAGUGCCUGCUGUACCACAUCAAGGACGGCGUGACCAGGGUGGGCCAGGUGGAUGUGGACAUCAAGCUGUCGGGGCCGUUCAUCCGGGAGCAGCACUGCGUGUUCCGCAGCCGCCCCGACCCCUCGGGGGAAGUUGUGGUGACGCUGGAGCCGUGCGAGGGGGCUGAGACCUACGUCAACGGGAAGCAGGUGACGGAGCCGGUGGUGCUCAAGUCGGGUAGGGACCCCCAAAACCCCCCCCAGAUCCCUGUGGCUCUCCCUUGAACCCUCC